GACGAGGGCGCCCACGAGGAGAACGCCCGCAGGAAGGCCGAGAUCCUGCGCCGCGCGGCGCGGGAGCUGGGCCCGAGCGCGGCGUUCCUGCCGGUCAAGCUCACCGCGCUCGUCCCGCCCGGGCUGCUCGAGCGUCUCGCCCGGAAGCGCAGAAAGCGGCACGAGCACGGUAGGUUCGCGCGGCGUUGGCGCGCCGGC